AGGUGGCUGCGGAAGGAGCAGGAAGAUAAUUUUUCUCGCCCUACUAGAUGAAAGCGACAUGAUAUUGGUUUAGAGCUGACCAAAACUUUGGCCUUUUGCUAUAGUUCUUGUUUGACCUUCCUCAGACUAUUUCUCAGAUAUAAUUCUUCAUUUCUAGUCCACUAGUCUACCCGCAAUUUCUUCUUGUACCUCCCAUCAACAAGAACCACGAAGAAUUCAGCAAAAAUGUUUCUCGGCACCCCCCUGAAAACCCUGGACAUUGAGCAGCUGGACGAGCGCGGCGUGUCAAACAAGCAGUUGGCGCUGAAGCAGAACCAGGUGCAGGUCCGCCGUCCGGACGGGAACAUCGCGAAAGCACGGGGGGUAUCAAAUGUAAAAAUGUCUGGGUCUGGAAGAUUGUCAGAUUUGUCAUGCAGCUUUUCCAUGACCCAUGAGGUCUGGAAUGCAGGACCUAGCAUGACAGAUUCGGCGCGAUCUCUCUCAUGCCCAUCCUGCAUGAGAAACUCCCUCCCGACUUGGCCAAAACUGGACGACUUUUGGCAAUCAUGCAACACAGAUUUUUGCAUGCUUCAGAUUUAGCAUGACAAGUUGCAUUCUUCCAGACCCAGACAUUUUUACAUUUGAUAUGGGGAGAAUGUGUUCCACGGCGCUUUCACGGGUGGUUUCUCCGUAUCCACUGCAAAAGUAUCGUACUCGUAGUACUAAUUGCAUUUAUGCAUUACAAAUUUCUUUCUCAAGGCAAAUCAGCAUUACAAACUCAAUUUGUAAUGCUGGGGCUGGGCUAAUUUGUAAUGCAAUUUAUACUAGUACGAUGCUUUUGCAGUUCAUACUCCGCCGGAUACUUCAACACGGUGGACACGAAGGACGGCUGGGUCGGCCCGAAGUCCUUCACGUCCAAGCGGGAAAGGCCGGGGGAGCAAAGUAGUGCGAGUGGUACAACUUCUAGAGGGGGUAAAAAUAAUUUUCAGCAAAAUGUUUCCGAUUUCCUAGAUGAGGAGGACCUGCAAGCGGGGAUUCAGGCCGUGCCGCAGGUCAAGGGAACUACACUUGGCAGUUCUGCGUCUACUUCUUCGGAACGGACCGGGGAUUUCAUGCGAAAUUUCGUGGUGCCCGACGGAGGUGGCACAAGAAGCGGUGGUGCAGCGUCUUCCAGUGCAACCGGUGCUCCUGCGCACCAGCAAAUUAGCCCUCACGAGGAUUUCGCGGUUCUCGCCCGGCUUCGACAGACUGCAAGUUCAGCGACUCAGGUCGACGAUGAGCACGUUUUGCAGAAGCUGUUAGAGGGCAUCGGUUUUUACGAUGCGUCGAGUUCUUCUUCUUCUUCUGUGCCGGCGACCCUUGUUCCCGCACGACCGGAGUACACCCGCCCUGCUUCAAAGCAACAAAAGGACCAGGUGGUCGAAGGUGACGAUGUUGACGCUGCUACAUCAGUUGCUGCGCCGACCUUUUCGACGUCCUCAAGCGCGACGAACAAGCGCGGCGCCGCAGCGGUGUUCGGAGGGAAGAAGUUCGGAAGCGGUGCUAGUAGCAGUUCGGUAGUUCUUCCCGGAGGUGCAAGUUCUAGUAAGAAAGUGCACCUGAACUACGACGAUUCUGAGGAAGAAAAUUCCGACGAGGAAGAUGUAGCGGCUCCGAGGACAUCAAUGAGCAAACCGCUCGCGAAGAGCAAGCCCGUGCCGAAAAUGAAAGCGGGCGUCAGUGUGAAAGCACAAAUCCCGAAGCAAAAUCCGAUGUUGCCACCGCCGAUCUUCGGGGGGCGGAAGGGAAAGGUGGCAGCGCCUAGAGGUACUAGCAGUCCGGUUGCCGCACAAGCGGAAGACAGUGACGAAGAUCAUGCUCCUGAGGCAGCACCAAAUACUUCUGGCGGCACAUCAGCAAUAAAACCAGUUCUGCCAGCCAAAGCCCCCAAGCAGGCAAUACUCGAGCAGCAGGCGGCGCAGGCAAGACUGGCGAAGAAGAAAAAGAAGUCGGAUUUUGUGCCGUCGGAUUCUCGCCUUCUCGACAUGUUUCUUAGCCCCAAGUUCGACACCAAGGGUCUAGGGUACAAGGGAGAACUGCUCUCCGCCAAUACAACCGCCAUGGCACUGCAGUUGCUGGAUGCGAGCGGGGUUUCUGUUUCCCAUGCAGGAGGUGGGUCCUUAGCAGAUCGCGAAAAUAAGCAAAGUUCCUCCUCCCGCUUAGCCGUCAUUUCCGCCCGGGACUCGCAGUUUGAGACCACGCCCUGGAGCACGAAGAACUCCACAGCGAAUAUUAAAGGUAAAAAGGGCGGCGCAACGUCUUCGGCGAAAGGCGAUCAUCAAAGUGGUAAAAACGCCAAGGGGAAGGUUGGCACAGGCGGGAAGUCUUUACAAGGGAAAACGGGUAAUUGAAACGGGAUAGCGACUUUUCCAAAACUUUUACUUUGACUUUUGGCAAAGUCGCUAUUUUGAUCGUCGGCAAUCCAUGCUUUGCGAAAAUUGUUUGGACCGUGCUGCCUGUUGCUGGUAAGUCCGCACUUUGGGAGUGGCAGAGCAUGAAAGGGCGGCACCUCUUCGCCGCGGCGUGUGCCCGCCAGCUGCCUGCCAUUUUGAUCGACGCCUCCAAGCAGGCUGCGGGAAAUGCCACCCGCCGCGCAUCGGACGGGCAGCGCCUCCGUGGUCGGUUGUUCGCGAUUAUUCGCGAGCGCUGUGGGGCCCUGUGCGCAUUUUGUGCACCUUUUGAAGUGGUGCGCGGGCGCUGGCCUUUGGCCUUUCAGUAUUCGCCCGGAUGUUGAUCGCCGCCUCGCGCUUCGGAAAUGCCGGGGCGCGUCGGCCCUCUUCGCCCUGAGCGCCUUUUAAAUAAGCAAUGGCACUGGCUGCCACUGCCAGGGCCCGAAACCGAAUGGGCGCGCCGCCCCGCCGCGGUGUCUUGGAUGGCACGCCGGCCGCGCGCUGCCUGUCCUACGUACCUUCAGCCCCCUACAUUCUGGCCCGCCGCUUGCCCAUUCUUACAAAAUAGAGGCUGUCGCGCCCCGGCAGUCUGUUUCCUGCCCGCCUUUCCGCGGUUACGCGACGCGACCGAAGCGCGCGCCAAAGGCGCCCCCCUUUUGCAACCAACGGGCAGAGGCGGUUCCUCCGCUCGUCUCGCUAGCGGUGGCAGAAGUGUCAAGGGCCUGCGGUCGGGGGGCCACCCCGAUGGCCGGCGCGUGAUAUGGGUCUGUGGCGCGCUGUGGUGGCGCCACCUGUCUUUUUCGGUUGCCCGUCUAUUCUGCUUCGCCUGCUUGAACGAGAGAAGCAAAGAGGCAGCAUACCAUGCGGUCCGACGUCGGACCGCAUGGUAUGGUGCGCGAUGGUGGGCCAGCCUCACGCGCCAGGCCGUCCGUGCGUGCGGCAUCGCGUCGCGAUGUGGGGCCGACCUCCCCCGGUUGGGUGGGCUUCCCCGGUGGGGUGUUCUUUGGUUCAGGAAAUGGAUAACGCAACUCCCCCGGGUGGCCCGCCCCACAAGCGAGCCGGCGGGCGGGGGCCCCGUGGCCCCUCUGGUAUGUUGCCCUCCAGCACGAGCCUGCGUGCCUGGGUGGUUUGCCUUCUCUUGUAGGAUGUACGUCAGCGACCCCGUGGGCCGGCUGUAUCUCUGCAGCUUUCCCGACAAGAACCGCCAAAAACGGCCGGGGGCUUGGGGCGUUGGCUCGCGUUUUUUCGCAUGUUGAAGAUGGAAAAAACCCAAGCGCGCCCGCCUAUUUGGUUUUGUCUUACUUCAAUGAAUGCAGUCGCCGGUGGGCUCAGUCGGCCGCCGGGGGAAAGACUGUCUGAAAAAAUGACGUAGGGGGGUCGGCAAACGUGGCACCCUUCUCAGGCGCCGGCCGCGUGCGAUUCUGGCGCGCGACUUGGGGCGCCCAAAAGGGCGCCCCAAAAAACCCGCCCGAAGCCAGAACAGCGAAGCCGUAUGGCAGGGCCGCGAAACCGGUCGCGAAUCGAAAGCGGCCGCCCUUUUGCCGGGUUCUCAGCGGGGGGGCGCUAGCUUUGCAAAAGGCGCGGGCGCGAAAAAUAAUAAACAACGCAAAAAAGAAGAAACGCGCCAAGCGCGCGAAGCCAGCCCGCAUUCUAUGGGCCCGCUUUUCCUUCGGUUUUUGGGCGCCCCCCGCGGUGCCCGGGUCGGCCCGAUAGCAUCGGGGUUGGCUUUCGGGAAGGCGUUUUGGCAAGUUGCCCAAUGUCUGCCAUUUUCCCCAACCGGCCGCCAUACCGUGCGGCAUAACCUUACCCACCCCGGCACGGCGGGCCCAGAAAAAACAAAAAAGUGGCGUGGGCCAAGGUCGGCGGGCAAAGAAGCGGCGCCGGCCUCAUUAUCUCCGCCCCGGCGGCUAUAUUUGGCGCAUUGAAGUAGGCGCGCAGCACGCCGCGCGGCCCGGCCUCGCACGUUCGGGCCGCAUGGCGUGGCGCGCUUCGGUGGAGCUGCCCGCGCCUCACGUUUUUGCGUGGCGCCCUUCUUUGGGCGUUAGCUAGAGGCCGUCCGGCCUGCCCCUUUCUCUUUCAUAUUCGCCGGCCCCCCGCACUUACAUACAUACAAAGCGGCGAGACCAUGCCGCCGCUCCAGAGUGCUCCGCCUCGGUCGCGGCGGCCUUGCGCGGCCGGCUUUUCGCGAGUAGAAAGGGCGCCGGCGCAGCAGGGGCGCGCGCGGGGCGCCACUCACAUGUUGCCGCGCCGGCGCGCGCAAUAAGUUCGCCCAGGAGGCUCUGUCCCCAUUUUCGGGGAGACCGCCUCAGCCAUGUAGAAAAGGGGGGGGGCAGCAGGAUUCUUCGCAAGCCUGGCGGAUGCGCAAGCCUUCAGGCUUUUCGGCUUUUGAGGGCGCGGCGAAGUCUUCUGCUUGAGUGCCGAAAACUUGCCGAAAACUUUCCCCCGAACUUUCCCGAAACUUUCCCGCUUCGGGAUCAUUUUCGGACUCGAAAACUUUUGGCUGACUUUUCAACUCCCGGUCUGUAACUUUUGGUCGACUUUUCAACGGGAGAAUUUUUCGGGAAGGUUUCGCGGAAGGCUUUCGCCGACUUUUCGGGAAAGUUCGGGGGAAAGUUUUCGGCAAGUUCUCGGCAAAGUUUCCGGCAGAGUUUUCGGUAGAGGGGCGGAAAAGUUUCGCCGCCCGGCGCCUGCCCUUUGUUCCUGCCCGCCAGCCGGGCCGCCCUCGGGCGGCUGCCUUGCGCCCGAAAAGAGGCAGGCACAGCCCCCCGGCAGGCACGCCUGCGGUUAUUGCGCACGUAGCCAGGCAAGCGGCCGGCCCCGCCCCGGCGGGCGGCCGGCGCUACGUUGUCGCAUGCGCCACCGGGCAGCGGAUUCACGCCCCGGGGGCGCCGGUGCGCGUGUAGCUUGCUGCGAACCAAGAGAGGGCGCCCGGGCUUCGGCGGUUGCUACCGACCCCCUGAACUUGGUUGGCGCGUUGCGCCGUUCGGGGCGCGUGCGGGGCAUGCGCUCCGCGUACUCCACACUUGCGGCGGCCGGCGGGCUCUUGGGGGCCCGGGCGCCGCUGGGGUUGGCGUCGGUUUGCCCAAACCCAUAGACGGAAGGAACACCCGGCCCGGCCGCGCCAGUCCUUCGCCCCCCCCGCCCGCGACCGACCUAGACCGGGGCCACAGUGUGCCGGCCGGCAACAGCCGCGCGGGCGUGGCGCCUCCCUGCGCACUGCUGAGCCCGGGCGGGGGAGGCGUGUUAUUGGGGCGCCGAAGCGAUUCCGCCGCAUCCGCCAGGCGCCAGCCGGCCGGGGCCGGCCUGUCUGGGGGCCUCCCGCCCUCUGAUAUGGGGGCGCGCCUGCAUGUUGGGCCCCGCCGGCCUGCCUGCGCGCCUGGAAUACCGGGCGGCGCCGCCGCGGGUCUACUUCCUACGUGCCGGCGGCCCGAUUGCCACCCGUCGUUCGUCUCGCCCUUCGCUCGCCCUGCGCCCCACCCUGUGGGCCGGGAUUGGGCGAUCUGUUUCGUCUCUAUCUGGUCAGCCGGGGCCUGUGCGUUUGCUGUUUUGCUUUUCCGACAAGCAUACCGUGCGGUCCGACGUCGGACCGCAUGGCACGCUCGACACCGUUUCGGGCGGGGCGAGCCAUGUUGGGGCGCCGGGCGAUGUGGUUGGUGCACGGGCGGAACUGCGCCCCUGCGUGCGACGUAGGGGAGGGGACGUCGUGGGGGCUUAGUUACCCUCGGGGCCUGUUUGCUUGCUACGUGUGGGGCUGUCGGACGGUAAGCCGCUGCUGCGUGUGCCCAGCGUGCCAAAUAUAGCCUCCGUGGCGGAGGUGGUGAGGUCGGUGCCGCUGGCUGCCUUGCCCGCCCGCCGGCCGUUGCCCUGGCCAGCCACUGUGUCUUUUUUCUGGGCCCCCCGUGCCGCUUUUGGUAUGGCCAUGCCGCGUGGCUUGGCCGUCUUUUGGAAAGCAUGGUAGUUCUUUGCCAAAUUUUCAGAACCCCUGUCCGAAAGCUAGCCCUGGCGGUAUGGGGCCGAUCCGGGCGCCGCGGUGGAGCGCCCUGAAACCGAAGGCAAACCGGUCCCAUGGCAUGGGGAUUGGCCUCGCGCGCUUGGCGCGCUUUUGCUUUUCUGUGUUUUUUCUUUGCGCGCCGGCACCCUUUGCAAAGCUUCCGCCGCAUAGAAACCGGCGAAAAGGCGGCGGCCGCUUUCGCGGCCGGCCAAAUGCUCCGAACGGAGCCCCGGCCCUGUCGUGCGGCUUCGCUUUUCUGAUUUGCCGCGAGUUUUUUGGGGCGCUCUUUUGCGCGCCCCAAAUCGCCAGAACCCCACGCGGCCGGCGCCUCAGCGGGGUGCCCCUUUUCUUUGUCGGCCCUCCUGUGUCGUUAGUAUUAUCAGCCGGCGACCGAUAGAACCCGGCGCCGGCGGUUCGUUGAAGUCAAACAAAGCCCAACAGGCUGGCGCGCUUUGAUCUUCCUCAUGUGGAAAAGCGCGAAACAGCAGCACACACCGCCGGCAGCUUUUGGCCGGUGGUUGCUUUGCAUUAAGAAAGCUGCCAGGGUCGGGCCGUUUCGCGGUGGCGGCCCGCCGGCGGCGGGAGGCGCGGGCGGGCGCCGCGGUUCGCGGUGUUUGUGAGGCUUGGGCGCGCGCGUUUUUUGGCGAGGGCGCGUGCUGCCCGGUGCCCGGUUGCGUCGGGUUUAGGGUCUGGCGGACCGGCCCCCUUCCCUGCGUCGGUAGCCCUCCUCCUAGUCCGUUCCCGGGUAGGCCUUCCGGGCCUGGGGGGGGGCGGGUGGGUGCGAUGGGCGGUCAUGGCCUUUUUCUUUAGGGCGCCCGCGCCGGCAGCCGUUGGCUGGGUGCGGUCGGCGGGUGCCCGGCGCGCGCACGCUUCGGCGGGUUGAAAGGCGGUCGCUCGGGCUUCGCCGAUCACCCGCGGGACAAGAGGAGGCGUCGGCGCCCAAGACCUCGCAGGCGCCCCUGUUCUGUCGCUUGGAGUAUCUUCGCUGCGUUUUUUCGUUCUGAGUCGCAUUACCAAAUCGUUUUCAAUGCCCUGAAAUCCUGAAAAGUCAAAUGAAAAGUUUUGGAAAAGUUCGAAUCGCCCGCCAAUUAGUCGCUUUCCCUUGUAAAGUCUUCCACCCGGCUGCAUAGCAUUAUGGCGGACGAUGAAGAGGGGAACGACAUUUUCGACGAGGACAUGAGCAAAUACAACACGAUUCUGGAGUUGGAGGAAGAGGGUUUGGAGAAGUACGGCCCGUAUGGGACGAACACCAUGAAAAAAAUCAUCACGCGGCACGACGAGGACAAUGACAGUGUUUCAAAUCAGCAAAAGAUCGAGUUCGAGCAGCAGCAACAACUGGAGGAUUUGAAAAAAAAGAAGAAGAGAAAUCACAACCUUCCCGGACAGGGAAUGAACUUUGUCGACGGGGGAUUGUUGGAUUUCAAAGUGGAGCUGGACGAGCUGCUUUUGAAGUUCAACAUCACGACAGUAACGAAAGCGGACAUUCCGAAGGACUACGACCCGUACCGAAACCGGAAAAGACUGAUGGAGUCCUUCAUUGAACACCCGGCGGUGAUAUGCAUUGCAAAAGUAUCGUACUAGUAGAAAUAGCACUACAAAUUUUUCCAGAAGGAAAAAUGGAAUUUGUAAUGCUGAAUAAGCUAAGGAACCAGAUUUGUCAUGCAUGACUGCAAUUACUACGAGUGCGAUGCUUUUGCACAGGAUAGGUGACCGCGCUGCGCAAGUACUUCGAGGAGGAGCGACAGAAGCGUUUGAAGCAGAACGAGACGGAAAAUUACAAGCCCGUUCUGGGCGUGAUCGAGCGGGAGCAGCUGCUCGGCGGGGGCAGGUCGAAAGAUUUGCAGAAGGAACAAGCCACAACCGCACAGAAAGGCAAAGGCAAAGAGCUGCAAGGGAACAACAGUACAAAUACCGUUGGUGCCAUGUGGGGCCAGAAUUUAGACGAGCAGCAGGCGGCGCUGGACAAGAUGCGAAUGAUGUUUGCGACGAGUGGGAACACCGCGAAGUUUGUGUCGACCGGGUCGACGGGGGCACAUAAUUCUUUGCAUCAGGAUAAUUCGCAGCAACCAUUGUCCAUCAUGCAGCCGCAAGCAGCGCUGACGGUGCAACAACAGCAGACGAACACGCUUCUCGCCUCCGAAUCGGACCUGAUUGAAGUCGAGCAAGAGGAGAUCCGGAAGAACUUCCGGUUCACGCGGUUUUGCUCGAUCAUGGAAAACCGGGUGAAGUUGGACCCCAAAAAGUACAAGACGAUCGGGCAAUUGUUGGAAAAGGAGUACACGAAGCCGGAGAUCGAGAAAUUCACGCAGGUGUGGCAGCUUUCCGCGACCCGCCGGGGGUUUCGGUUCAAGUACAACUUCAAACUGGAUAAGGAAGCGCUGAAAAAACUCGGUCUCCGCGACCCCUUCGACUUUAAGACCAACGCCGGGGCGCGCGUGUUUGUGGAAAACCGUCCGGACACGGAGAGGCGGAGAAUGUUCACGGCUGGCGCCAAAGCCAUCGUCGGCGGGGCAGGGAACAGCGUCACCGGAACCGGCGUCGGCGGAAAUAUGAAAGGAGGUCCUGGUGCUGGAAAAAAGGGAGGGGGGAAACAAGGGACCGGCGACAAGAACGGCACAGGAAAUACUUCUACGGGCGAGCAAAGCCAACAGCCGGAACAGGCUAGUAGAAGCCUGAUGUCGCUUCUCAGCAGUGCUGGUAGUGCCGAUGCUGGAACUACAACUGCCGCGGGGGUUGGUGCAGCUCAAGGUCUUGCUUUGGGUGCAGCGGGGUUGAGUAGCCAAGAAGCCAUGGCGAAUACGAUGGUCCAGAUGAACGCCCAGAUGUUGCAGUUCUUGCAGCAAUUCAGCCUGCAGAGACCGCCCGAAGAGAUUGUGAACCAGAUAUGAGUUGUAAUGUCCCGAGGACAAGAAUAUCCUAGGAGCGAGUGAGUCUGAACUACCUAGUACCUACGAUAGCGACAGCCGACAGAAUGAUAGAUGAAAAACUUGUGUAUAUAUUAUUCGUCCAGAAGAAAAUGAAAAUGAAUCUACAAGUUAGCAUAGCUUAGCUACGAAAAAAAGCGACAGAACGCAAAUUGCGACGGCUC